CGGCCCCCCGCCGGGGGGCACCUCGGCGGGGGAGAUGGAGCGCUACUACUGCCUGCUGCGGGCCGCCGCGCUGCUGGAGGCCGCCGCCGCCGAAACUGCAAUACCCAUCUGUGCAAAGGACAUCAGUGAUGAUUUGAUGAAACAGUUUGCUUUUCUUUCUGGUGGCCGAGGGAAGGAUAAGGCUUGGAUUAUCACCUUCCCCGACAACUCUCGGUUCAACGACGUGCCCGAGGAGACUGUAACUAAAGUCUUAACGUACCUAACGUCAGUCCCAAGUCAACAUGAGCCUGACACCAAAUUUAUCCUAAUCCUGGAUAGAAGAUUGGACACAUGGACAUCCGUCAAAAUGACUCUCCAAAAAAUAGCAGCGUCGUUCCCGGGGAACCUGCACUUAGUGAUGGUUCUUCGUCCUACGGGUUUUUUCCAGCGCACCUUCACUGACAUUGGAUUUCGGUUUAGUCAGGAGGAUUUUCUGCUCAAGUUACCGGUGGUUAUGCUGAGCUCGGUUAGCGAUCUGCUGACAUACAUUGAUGAACAGCAGCUGACCCCGGAGUUCGGAGGCACCCUGGAAUACUGCCACAGCGAGUGGGUCAUCUUCAGGACUGCAAUAGAGAGUUUUGCACUAACUGUGAAGGAAAUUGCACAGAUGUUACAAUCUUUUGGCACGGAGCUGGCAGAGACCGAACUACCAGACGACAUGUAUUCAAUUGAGCGCAUCCUGGCUCUGCGCACAGAAAAGUACUACCAGCUCAAGGAAGAUAUUACAGCAGUCACAAAAGAAGGAAACUUGCUUUUAAGCAGUUUAGAAGAGCCUGAGGUGGGUGAAUGCAGUCAGGACCAGCACCGCGAGAGGCCUGGGGACUGGGAGACUGUGAAUCGGCUACUUGGUCAGUUGCGUGAGAUGGAGACUGCUUUCGAUGGUUUCUGGGAAAAACAUCAGUUAAAAAUGGAGCAAUAUUUACAACUGUGGAAGUUUGAGCAAAGUUUUCAAGAGGUCAAGAAUGCCAUUGAAUUUUUAAUGGGUCAGCAGGCGGAACUGCCCGACACUGGAGACAGUGUCUCCCAAGUGAAACAGAGGCUCAAGGACUUGAGUCAUUUUGAUGGUAUGGCUCAGGAUCUGAUAGGGAAGGCUCAGGUUGUGAUACUACAUGGACACCAGCUAGCAGCAAAUCACCACUACGCACUCAACUUAAUCUGCCAGCAAUGCAACGAGCUGCGGCACCAUUCUGAUGUCUUGUCUGAUGAAAUCAAAAGGAAGCAGAUGCGACUGCAGAAGACCUUGGAUCUUCAUACCCGCCUUCAGCAGGCCCUGCAGUGCUGUGAUGAGGGUGCCUACCUGCUCGCCAACCAGCAGAUGGACAAGUGCCAGUCUAAAGAAGGUGCUCAGAAAGCUCUCCAGGACAUAGAAAGAUUUCUUGAAAGCUCUUCACCAUACUUAAACUAUGAUCCCCAAGCACUACAAUAUGACUUCGAGUCAGUCUUAACACCUGAAUUAAAGUGCCAGAUACAGUCAGUGCAGGUCAAGCUUGAAAAUGUUCGAAGCAUGUUUGAGAAUCGGCAGUCUUGCUUCAAGAAGCUGUUGGAUAAACACGUGCGUCCCGUCCAGUUAGUAGCCCCUCGGCCAGAAAAUCCUCCACGAUCAAAAUCACCAUUAUUCUCUCCUAAACAUGGUGUGGAUUUUAAUUCCAGUUUGAAAUUUUCCUUUGACCUCUCUCUUCCUGGGAAGAAAACAUCAAGAAAAACUCCAAGUUCUCGCAAGAUUGAAGUAAUGCAUGACUAUCAGGAAAAAAGGAAUUCUUUACAAUCGUUUAUUUCAGACAGUGAUGACAACUUAGAUAUACUAAAAGGCCAUGUCAUAAAUGAGCUUAUAGAAACGGAGAGAGUUUAUGUAGAGGAGCUAUUCACUGUUCUGACGGGCUACAGAGCAGAGAUGGACAACCCUGCCAUGGUCAUUCUCUUGCCUCCCGUGUUGAGGAACAGGAAGGAUGUCCUUUUUGGAAACAUGCCUGAGAUAUAUGACUUCCACAACAAAAUUUUCCUGCACAGUUUGGAAAGCUGCCUGGGAGCACCCGAGAGAGUGGGAUUUUGUUUCCUAGACAGGCGAGAGGAUUUUCAGAUGUAUGAGAAAUACUGUCAGAACAAGCCCCGGUCGGAGUCCCUGUGGAGGCAGUGCUCUGAAAGCACCUUCUUCCAGGAGUGCCAAAGAAAAUUAGAGCACAAACUCGGGUUGGAUUCCUAUUUGCUCAAGCCAGUGCAGCGCCUGACAAAAUACCAGUUACUUCUGAAGGAGUUGCUAAAGUACAGCACGAGCUGUGAUGGAGUUCAGGAACUUCAAGAAGCUCUGGUUGCAAUGUUGGAUUUGCUAAAGUCAGUCAAUGACUCUAUGCAUCAGAUUUCAAUAACAGGAUAUGAUGGCGACUUGAGUGAACUAGGAAAAGUAUUAAUGCAAGGAUCUUUCAGUGUUUGGACGGGACAUCGAAAAGGUCCAACAAAAAUGAAGGAUCUUGCCAGGUUCAAGCCAAUGCAGAGGCAUCUCUUCCUGUACGAGAAAGCUUUGGUCUUCUGCAAGAAGCGAGAGGAUCAUGGAGAUGGAUAUGAUAAAACUUCAUCUUACAGUUUUAAGCAUUUUUUGAAAAUGAAUGCAGUUGGAAUAACUGAGAAUGUGAAAGGCGAUCAUCGAAAAUUUGAAAUCUGGUAUAGUGGACGAGAAGAAGUAUACGUUGUGCAGGCCCAAACAGUAGAUCUGAAGAUGGCGUGGUUAAAUGAAAUAAGAAAAAUUUUGUUCAAGCAGCAGGAGCUUAUAAAAGUGGAGAAGCAGCAACCGGGCUCAUGCACGGACCAGCUCCACCUCUCCUCCCAGCUGAGUGACGGAAAGCAGCAGAGAGCCUCCAUAAGCUCAGAAGAGAAUGACUCGGAGCGCACCAGCCCGGUGCCACUGGACAGCGUGCUCCUGUCUCCCCAGAGCAAGCCCCACAGAAGCUGGCCAGGAAUGUCACAGUCCCUGGAAAUCUGUGAGGGGCUAGAGGAGUGGUCCGGUAACCAGUACCUGUCCAAUUGCUCGGACACCGAGGAGGAGGAGGGGAACCAGCUGUCUCCAGGAAAAUAUAAAGCUCUUGCAGACUGCAAGAAGAGAGGAUCAGAGGACCUGCUGGUGAAAAACGGGGAUGAAAUCCAGCUUUUGCAUGAAGAUGGUGAGGGACAGUGGUUGGUGAAAAACCUAAACAGAAGAAAAGAAGGCUGGAUUCCCGUCCACAGUCUGCAGAUAGUAGUCGGUGACUGUAGAUUUCGGAAUGCCAAAGUCGCAGAUGCUGCCCUGUGUAACACAAGAAAGUUUAGUUCCCCUUGAAUUACGGGUGAACUAGUAGCAUCCUGGUUUUGAUGCUCUUGGAAGCUUUCAACUAAGUGUUACAGAGAAAUAGCACGGUAGUUGGAGUUGUCCAGUACUAUUCAUCACAUUCACAGAGCUCCACAGCUUCAUCUGCACUGAACGGGACCGGGGUCCUAAGCAGCUUCUCAUAGUCAUAACGGAAGCCAUUCUCUGCUCUUUUUUUUCCUUUUUUUUUUUUCCUCAC